AUGGACGACGAUUACGUUGCGCAGGUCCUUGCCAAAGAGGCUCGGGAGAGCUCUUUGAAGUAUUCAUCCCAAGGACUCAGUGCUCUCAUGCCUUCCAAGCCAGCCGGCAACGCCCCCAAGCCCAAUACUCGCUUUCUACGACACCUUAUCAGAGAAACGGAUAAUCAUAAUACAGCACUCAAGCGUAAGGAGGAGAGGGAGUCACGGGAGCGAAUGCGCCAGCUGAAAGCUCAAAGCUCGACCGCUUCGUCUUCUACAGACCGUACAAUCCGAAAAUCAGACGAUCGCAAUGAAGCGCGAAGAUCAAGAGAAAGUCGACGAGACGACAAGAGGGAUCACUAUCACUCAAGUUGCAGAAGACAUAGAAGUCGCUCUGCUUCGACGGAGCGAGACGGAUCACGGCGGCAUCGUCGCAGAAAUGAGGAUCACGAUGGACCCGAUGAGAGACGGGACCGCGACGAGCGAAGGAGUGGACACCGGCAUUAUGAAUCCUCUAGAAGGGAUCGACGGGAUAGAGAAAAGGAUUACAGCAGGCGGCGUCGUGAGCGGUCGUACUCGGAAUCACGCAGCCGUUCGCCUCGUCGGGACCGAAGCAGGGACCGCCACCGCCGUCGGAGACAAGAUCGUCGUGACGAACCCUCCACUCGACGCCGUUCUCGCUCACAGGAAAUACUCAAAUCUCGUUCAAAGAGUGACGAUGCACCAUCAAAUGGGACCCGCCGCUCCCAUGGAGAAACGACUACGCGACACGACCGACCUUCAGCUUCUACUACAACUGCACACCAAACCGAUACUGGUAAUGAAUCCGAUCCUCUGGAAGAUCUUGUCGGACCCCUUCCUCCCAAUAAGAACGACGCGGUCAUCCGCUCGCGGGGGCGAGGCGCUUACAAGAACUUGAGCAAUAUCGAUGCCCACUUUGCACCAGGCUAUGACCCGGCCACCGAUGUGCAAUUGGAUGAUGACAAUUCACACUCUGCAGGCCAGCAAUCUUCUCGCCGUCCUGUCGCAGGGCUCAUGACUGGAGAGGACGACUGGGACAUGGCCCUGGAGGCGCUGCGCGACCGGACGCGCUGGAAACAGAAAGGGGAAGAGAGGCUUCGCGAGGCUGGCAUCGAUGAUGCAGCUAUCGACCGAUGGAAGAGCAAUGCGGCAUUUACAGGGUUGAACAGAGAAGGCAACCCCGAGCAUGUUCAAUGGUCGAAGAAAGGAGAAGGCCGAGAAUGGGAUCGUGGGAAGUUUGUCGAUGACGAAGGCCAUAUCAACGUUCGAGCUGCCUGGUAG